CUCGAGCAGCGCGCGCUCGUUGCAUAAUUAAGUCCACGAAGAAGAAUUGAGUUGUUCCUCAGUCGCGUCGCAGCCUCUCGAUGAAGUGGCACAACGUGGGCGGUGCGUCGAGGAGGCGAAAGGAAGCGGCACGGCACGGCGGCGCAGCGCUCACAGGCUGGAUGUGAAGCAGCGGGACAUGACGCUGCAGCUCCGGGGAGCCUGAGGACGAACACACGCCGCGAGAGCAGCUCCGAGCCAGGGCUGAAGGAUACAGCACAGUCCUGGUGUGGUGACACAAACUAACCAGGGGACUUUUAGUGAGGAGGAGCACAGCUGAUCAUCUGAAGACCUGCUGACACAUCUGAAUCCUCCGCAUGGAUCUUAACCUCUGAUCUGAUCCGGACACCUCAUCCUGAUUCCGGCUGUGCGCUCGCGGCUCUCACCAGUGACAUUUCAACAACAACAACACGUUUGUGACACCCUCGGAUUAUCGUGUUGGAGCCACUUUUUCUUUGCACAAAGGAUAAUCUCAGAGAAGGAGUUUCAAGGGAAGCACUUAGACCAGAAGAAGACAUUUAAGGGAAAAUUAUGUGAAGAAUAAAGGAGAGGAAAUGAGACGCAAAUGUUUCUUUCUGCUCGAGGUUUGUGCCAUCCUGAGCCUCCUGCCCUCGGGCUCGUAUGCAGAUCUGACAUGUGAAGCUCUCCUCCUGCUGUCAGGGAACGUCUCAUUGCAGUCCUUGGCCGCCUCCUGGAACCAAACCCUGAGCAAUGCCACCAGCCAGUGGAGCGGCUCGGGGGUCUUCUGUGAAACCUCCAUCGACGGCAUUGGCACCUGCUGGCCCAGGAGCAGCGCCGGGCAGAUGGUGUCACGACCCUGCCCGGAGAUGUUCUACGGUGUCAGAUACAACACCACCAAUAAUGUCUACAGGAAAUGCCUCUCUAAUGGGACGUGGGCGCUAAAGGGGAACUACUCCAUGUGUAAGGCUAUACUUCAUGAGGAGAAAAAAGGGAAGAUGCACUACCAGAUCGCUGUGAUCAUAAACUUCCUGGGUCACUGCAUCUCCAUGGUGGCUCUGCUCAUCGCCUUCUUCCUCUUCUUGUGUUUGAGGAGCAUCCGCUGCCUGAGAAACAUCAUCCACUGGAACCUCAUCGCCGCCUUCAUCCUGAGGAACGCCACGUGGUUCAUCGUCCAGCUCACCAUGAGUCCAAAGGUGCACGAAAGUAACGUGGUGUGGUGUCGUCUUGUCACCGCCUCCUUCAACUAUUUCCACUCCACCAACUUCUUCUGGAUGUUUGGCGAGGGCUGUUACCUCCACACCGCCAUCGUGCUCACCUACUCCACCGACAAGCUUCGCAAGUGGAUGUUCAUCUGCAUCGGCUGGUGUAUACCGUUCCCCAUAAUUGUAGCGUGGGCCAUUGGGAAGCUGUAUUACGACAAUGAGAAAUGCUGGUUCGGGAAGCGAGCGGGAGUCUACACAGACUACAUCUACCAGGGUCCCAUGAUUCUUGUGCUGGUGAUCAAUUUUAUUUUCCUCUUCAAUAUCGUGAGAAUCCUGAUGACCAAACUGCGAGCUUCCACGACUUCAGAGACAAUCCAAUACAGGAAAGCGGUGAAGGCGACACUGGUUCUCCUUCCUCUCCUGGGAAUCACCUAUAUGCUUUUCUUCGUCAACCCGGGGGAGGAUGAAAUCUCUCAGAUUGUCUUUAUAUACUUCAACUCGUUUCUGGAGUCCUUUCAGGGCUUCUUUGUGUCCGUGUUUUACUGCUUCUUAAACAGUGAGGUGCGGUCGGCUGUGAGGAAACGUUUCCACCGCUGGCAGGAGCAGCACUCCAUCCGAGCCAGGAUGACCCAGGCCAUGUCCAUCCCCACGUCACCUUCACGGGUCAGCUUUCACAGCAUCAAGCAGUCCACGUCGCUAUGAGAGACGAGACCGCUCCGUCCGUCCUGCUCCGAGAGAGGAACCCGGAGCCGUCAUCGUUUUCUGCCACAUCACUGGAUUCACUGAAACACAGAGACAGACAGACGGACAGGGAAACCUCAGGAGGGACGUUACCUUCAGGGGAAAGUCGACGGGAGGGCGAGGACACUGCAGACUUUGUGAAAUGUGAGGUUAGUGGAUCAGAGCGCGCUGAACUGGAUCUGUGUGACUUUGUGAAUGUACAGCACUCCAUGUCCUUUAAUGUUCACCUCGCACAAAUCUCCCUCGUGUUCCCACUUGCACACGUUUAUUUGUAUUUUAUUUUUAAUCAGAGACAACUGGGAGCUUGUGCCGCUGGACUGCACUGAACUGGAUUUCAUCCCAGCAACACCGGACUUUAUAAAGCUACAAAAAUACAUUUUAAGUUAUUACAAAGAGAUGUAUUUUUAUUUUUCUGUCACUGAUGUUUGGUAGAAGUGUUUGUCAGUUUGUGUUGUGCUUUCCUUCCUCUGUUUGCAGUCAGUUUGGUGCAGUCGUCUUUAAAACUUUCCAGAAAGUUGAACACAUUCCUUGAUUUGCAGAUGAAGAGUUUCACUCCAAAAUAACACGAAUGAGAAGUUUGAACAAUCAGCAUUUAUGGCUGUUUUUACAGCCAAGCUCAGAGCUGGUUAGCAGUGAAGUUUGGCCCAAGAUUUAAGCUUCAGUUUGCCUUUUUCUCCUUUAUCUGCAGACAUAAAUGCAACUCUCUUCUUUAAGCCUAGAGCAGUGAAACAGAAAGGAACAACCAGGGACAGUUUUAGUGAUUCGGAGGCCCCAGGCAAAGACCAAUAAGAGACCCGUCCUGAUUUAGCUAAAGGCAACUAAAGCAGGCGAACAAAAUAUCUGGAAGCAUCUUUUUUCUGGUAACAGAGCCAGGGAAUGACAAAACUUAUCAAAAUCUGAAAUAUAAACACCCAAAUACCCAGCAGUACUUCCUCCUCACCUCUCAAAGAAGCAUCAUAACUCAAACUCAGCACAUGGUUGUAUUUAAACAUGUCUCUAGGCCUGAAAGAGCUUUUAGAAAUGAAAAUAUACACUCACUAUUGGUGUAUAUCCAGUGCUGUACCAUAAUUCCAACCUUUUAUUUAUUGCAUGCUAUUUUUCAUGAAGAUAUCUUGAGCACAAGGCCCCAGGAAGUUGCCUGCCUUUGCCUUACUGCAAAACUGCCAAUGAGAGCAACUUCACAAAAACCUUCUGUAAAAAAAGUGCAUCCAUAUUAAGACAGGCUACACACUCGGCACCAUUUUGGUCACAAUUACCCAUUGCCCAAAGGUCACUCAGACAAAUUAUGCUGCCCAAGUAGACAGUUUUCAGUUGGAUAGGCCUACACAGUAAUCAAAUUUUCUAAUAUCCAAAAUGCUGACUCAUUUAUUUUAGCUGAUACUGAUAUGAAGGCUGAUAUAUAAACAUAUAGUUCUGACCUAAAACCUAAGUCUAUAAAACACUCUGAAAUUUUAGGAAUAAGGAUAAACAAGGAAAGAUUUAAGCUGACAUCGGUCCGUUGGUCCUGCCCAAAACUCCAUAAACUUAUUUAUACUUACAGCAAAAAUUUCAGCCCAUAAACACCAAUGACAGUGGAUAUUUCCCAUCAGAAUAGGCUAAUAUUUACAGCUGAUAUAGAUGGGAAAACUACAGUAAAUAUAGAAAGAUAUAUUCAGCCAGUAGACACCAAUAUUAACAGUGAAUAUGGGGAAAUAAAGACCAGCAUUUAUAGCCAAUUUAUGAUAUUAUAUGAUAUUUACAGCAGAUAAAGGCCAAUUUUUACAGCUAAUAUAGGCCAAUAUUUCCUGAUAUAGACCAAUACUUACAGCAGGUAAAAGCUAAUGUAUUAAGCCAAUAUAUACUGGUAUUUACAGCCAAUAAAAGCCAAUAUAUACAGCCAUUGUAAGCUGAUAUUUACAGCAGAAAUAGGCCAAUUUUACAGCUAAUGCAGGCCAAUAUUUCCUGCUUGUAUAGGUCAGUAUCUACAGCUAAUACAGGCCAGUAUUUCCUGCCCAUUUAGGCCGAUAUCUUCAGCCAUUAAAGACUGAUAUUCACAGCAGAUAUAUAUAAAGGCCAAUGUAUUCAGCCAAUACAUAUUAGAAUUUACAACCAACAGAGACGGAUAUUUACAGCCAAUGUAAACCAGUAUUUACUGCAGAUAUAAUCCCAUUUUACAGCUAAUACAGGCCAAGAUUUUCUACUUAUAUAGGUUAAUGUCUACAGCCAGUACAGGCCAGUAUUUCCUGCCUAUUUAGGCUGAUAUCUUCAGCCAAUAAAGGCUAAUAUUCACAGCAGGUAUAGACCAAUAUUUACAGCAGGUAAAGCCCAAUGUAUCCAGCCAAUACAUAUUGCAAUUUACAGCCAACAGAGACAGAUUUUUACAGCCAAUAAAGGCCAGUAUUUACAGCCACUGUAAACCAAUAUUUACUGCAGAUAUAGACCCAUUUUUACAGCUAAUACAGGCCAAGAUUUCCUGCCUAAUCAGGCCAAUAGCUUUAGCCUACAAAGGCCAAUAUUCACAGCAGAUAUAGAACAAUAUUUACAGCAGGUAAAGGCCAGUGUAUUCAGCCAAUACAAACUGGUAUUUACAGCCAAUGGAGCGUGAUAUUCACAGCCAAAAAUGGUUGAAAUUUGUUGUAAUUGUAGUCUGAUAUUUACAGCAGAUAUAAACCAUUUUUUAUAGCCGAUAUAGUGAUAAAUACAGCCAUUAUAGGCUGAUAUAAGCCGAUUUUUAUAGCCAAUAUAGGCCUGUAUUAACAGCAGAUAUAGGCAGCUAGUUACAACUGAUGUGUCUGUUGUAAAUAUCUGAAGAAGUUUUCAUAUUUGUAAAUACCAGUGAUUGCAUUCUUAGCGACUAUCUGCUGGUACAGUAUGUUUUUAUGCCAAAAAUAUUGUGCAUCCCUAGUGCUAGCUACAACCUUUGGCUACAGUAAAAACUGAUGUCCCAUCGUCAAAGAACCAAAACUCUAAAGAUGAUUUGAUGAGCUGAAGUCGGCCCUAAUAUAAGCAGCAGUUAGCUAACAUAAACACUGUAGUACAUGCUGUGGAAUUACAAGAGGGACUAGAGUGAUUAAAGGAGUAAUUUGCUUCGACUUCAGAAGACUGCUUAGAUGAUGUAUGUGUAUUUUGAGGGUGAGACUAAGGGGAAAAGACAAUACAAUGAGCUAAAGUUUUAAAGCUAAGUUGGCCGUAACAUUAGCAGGAAUUAGCUUACUUACUUUGAUAGCAAAGUGAUAUUCUACAUGUUAGCAACAUAUGGGGAUAGGAGCUGUGCUUUUAUGUCCAUGUUCCUGGGCCUGAUCCAAUCCCAAUGCAUUCUGGGUGCCAAGGACCCAGGCUGGUCCAGACAUUGUGGUAGGAUGCCUGUAGAGAUGGGGCGUCAGCCUGGCGCAGGCCUGGAGGAUGGCCAUCAGGAAAUCAGAGCAGUACAGGACCAAGGUUGGUGCCGAACAGCAUGUGCUCCCAAACCUGACCUGGCCAUGGCAACAUAAGGGAAUGGGAUAAAAUACCUCAUACCAGUGUUUUCUGUACCCAGUGUACAUCAUUGGACCACUUUUCUGAGUUAUAAUUCCUAUAGAACUGCAGGAAAUUCAGCAUUUCUAAUACUUUCCAAUGAUGGUUCACGAGCUGGAUGUCCAGUUGCAUUGCAGCACUGCCAGAUAGCUCAUGGUAUUGGAGGAUGGGGCUUAGAGAGGGGGGGAUUCACCCCCUUUAUGAUGGGUAACAUCCAACACAACCACAACUAAUGUCAGUCAAAUGAUAUUUAGAUUAUCUCUUCUAGCAUGGGGACUAUACCAGUUUUAUUGACUCUUAUAGUUAAGUGUUUCUAACAACUUUUAAAAUCAUAAUUGUUCAUGAUAAUGGUAUAAGAGUAAGGGAUAUUUCGCAUUAAGGCCACAUAAUAAACUACUUUGCUGUUUUUGUAAUGUCUAUAAAUGUAGAAAUUACGGAAACUUUCCCAGCUUCUCUUCUACUCUGUGCUACAGAUAAGCAACUCCUUCGUUUAGUUCAUAAUUUUAGAAACAAAUGAGGUGAUAAAGUGGUUCAUUCAAGUGUUUUUGGAGCGAAACUCUUUGUCUGAAUAAAGAGACUUCCUUUUGUUUCCUCUACCAGCAGACCAGAAAAACAUCAGCAGAGAAGAAAACCCAUCAGGACGGUUUUCUCUCUCCUACCUUCACGUUUUUGUUCCGCUGACUCGAAGCAUGAAAUUUGAGUCGGCCUUGCAGUAACUUUGCUUACUGAUUUAUUGUAAAUAUAUAAAUACAAACCGAGCGAGGUGCUGAGGAUCCAGCCGAGUCGUCACAAAUAUAAAAACCAAAAAAUCACAGAAACCACACACUGUGAAUCAUUCGCGCACAUCAUCUGUGUGAUCAGGAAUUCACAGGCCACAUUCCUACUGUACCAGUUUGCCUCGCACCUGUGCUUUUUAUAUCUUAUGUCUAAAAAAUGUAAAGAAUUCAUCUUUCUCCCACCCUGAUGUCAUGGUUUUGUUUGUUUCAAAGAUGUGUGAGCUCUGGUUGUGAAGGAUGGUCAGAAAUAUCUGAGACGACAGCGUUUUGACUUGCCACAGUGAUGUGUUUUAUUCUAAUAUUCAUCCUGUAAUGUUAGUAGCUGCUUCAUAAGAGAGCCGAGGGUUUGGGGAUAGAAGAGCGCCAGACUUUGUAUUUGAGUUUUAAAAAGUGUAGCUGUUAUGUAUUUUUUAUGUUAAGGUGUUUUCCAACCAACAUGUGAAGCAAAUUUUUUCCCUUAUUGAACGAUAUUGCAGCGCAGGAAUACUCCCCGUUCUCGGUGUAAUAGUCAUUUUCAAAGACCCAACAAUAGAUCUGACAGUUUGAGACAUAAUCCUUUGGUAUUAGUCACUCUUUCUCUGUGCUUUAUCUUUUUUAUUGUGUUUUUCUACAUUGAAGUCGUUGGUAAAGUUGUUUUUUUCCCCAGCUUUGAUAAAAAGCUCAUACCAACAACUCCAAACUGUACUCCAUAGACAGUUUUUAAGAAGUCAACUCAGCCUUUUUGGUCAGAAAAUGCAGCCAAUGUUCAGGUAUGUUAAACCUGCUUUAUCUCUACAGGCUAGCAUGCAGUAAAUCCACUAACAGUGAUGAUAACAUGGAUGUCUAUGAGGGACAGGGCCCACCUUUUAGAUGACUUCUUACCUUAUUUAAAGGGGACAUAUGCAAAAAUGACUUUUUCAGGCUUUUCUAACACAAAUGUGUGCCCCUGGCCUGUCCACAAUCUCCUCAAGUAACAGAAAACUUUUCUCCACCUUUCAGAAAAUGUGUGCUCAAACAAGCCGCUCUCAGAUUUUCCUAUCAUGAUGUCAUGAGGGGAGUUAGCCCCACCCCCAGGUUCAGUUAGCCCUCCUGGUUUGGAAGAAAGUCCUCCUAAUCAGGAAAGCCACAUCCAUGAAACUAAAUCUAUUUCCUGAGAGGGGUGGAGUUAGGGGCGGGGUCAGACAGCUUAUUAACAUUUAAAGCCACAGACACAGAAACAGCUCGUUCUAAGCAGGGCUAAAACAGAGGGG